AACACAGAGAAGGCUCUUGCUCCGACUUCGAAGUCGGCCAGCAGCAGAGCGCAAGCGCCACAGCUUCAGGCCGGAAGCGCCGUGGAGAUGCGGGCUUCCUACUCGAGCCUGGUGCGGGAGCCUAGGAACUUCAGAAGGCGGGGCUACAAGCGUGCAUCCUAUGGGUGCCUGGGGGCGUGGCAGAGCCUGCAGAAGGACCCAAUGGAGCAGUAGGAGGCGGGGCCCGGCGGGCGGUGGAAGCCUAUCAAUACGCGGGGUCUUGCCAGGCGGCUGGGGAGCUGGGAGGGUUCAGCUGCCACGUGAGUUCUGCGGCCGCUGCUACACGCCUGGUGGGCAGCAUGUCGGCAACAGCGGCUGCUCGUAAGCGGGGAAAGCCGGCCUCUGGGGCCGGGGCUGGCGCGGGGGCCGGCAAGCGGCGGCGAAAGGCCGACUCUGCGGGGGACAGGGGCAAAUCCAAGGGUGGCGGCAAGAUGAAUGAGGAGAUCUCCAGCGACUCUGAGAGCGAGAGCCUAGCUCCAAGGAAGCCUGAGGAGGAGGAGGAGGAGGAGCUGGAGGAAACUGCACAGGAAAAGAAGCUGCGCUUGGCCAAGCUCUACCUAGAGCAGCUCCGUCAGCAAGAGGAGGAGAAGGCUGAGGCCCGUGCAUUUGAGGAGGACCAGGUGGCGGGGCGCCUGAAGGAGGAUGUGCUCGAGCAGAGGGGCAGGCUGCAGAAGUUGGUGGCAAAAGAGAUCCAGGCCCCAGCCUCAGCUGACAUUCGCGUUUUACGGGGGCACCAGCUCUCUAUCACAUGUUUGGUCAUCACCCCCGAUGACUCAGCCAUCUUCUCUGCUGCCAAAGACUGCACCGUCAUUAAGUGGAGCGUGGAGAGUGGACGGAAGCUGCAUGUGAUUCCUCGAGCCAAGAAGGGUGCCGAGGGAAAGCCCCCUGGCCACAGCAGCCACGUCCUCUGCAUGGCCAUCUCCUCCGACGGCAAGUACCUUGCCUCUGGUGACCGCAGCAAGCUCAUUCUCAUUUGGGAGGCCCAGAGCUGCCAGCACUUGUACACCUUCACAGGACACCGGGAUGCAGUGUCGGGUCUGGCAUUCCGCAGAGGCACCCACCAGCUCUACAGCACAUCCCACGAUCGCUCCGUGAAGGUGUGGAAUGUGGCAGAGAACUCCUACGUGGAGACGCUCUUCGGACAUCAGGACGCUGUGGCUGCGCUGGAUGCCUUGAGCCGGGAGUGCUGUGUGACGGCUGGGGGCCGGGAUGGGACUGUACGUGUGUGGAAGAUCCCCGAGGAGUCCCAGCUUGUCUUCUAUGGCCACCAGGGCUCCAUCGACUGCAUCCACCUAAUCAAUGAGGAGCACAUGGUGUCCGGCGCGGACGAUGGCUCUGUGGCCUUGUGGGGUCUCUCCAAGAAGCGACCACUUGCCCUGCAGCGUGAAGCUCAUGGGCUGCGGGGAGAGCCAGGCCUGGAGCAGCCCUUCUGGAUAUCGUCGGUGGCAGCCCUCCUCAACACAGACCUUGUGGCCACAGGCUCCCACAGCUCCUGUGUGCGGCUUUGGCAGUGUGGGGAAGGCUUCCGGCAGCUUGACCUUCUCUGUGACAUCCCCCUGGUGGGUUUUAUCAACAGCCUCAAGUUCUCCAGCUCUGGGGACUUCCUGGUGGCUGGGGUAGGGCAGGAGCACAGGCUUGGCCGAUGGUGGAGAAUCAAAGAGGCUCGGAAUUCUGUCUGCAUCAUCCCACUCCGCAGGGUCCCUGUACCCCCAGCUGCUGGUUCCUGACACUCUUAUCCUCCUUAUUUAAGUCCUUCCCAGGCUAUGCCCCACCCUCUUUGUAUUAAAAGCCUCCUCUUUUGGG